AUGACGAUUGAGAUGGUAUUGAGAUUGAACUCCCCAGUUGGAGAAAUCGAUCGCAUUAUCAGUUAUUUGAAGUUUGGAAGUUUGGACACAACAGUGAAGCAUGGAAACGAGGAGUCGCCGCCAAUUGAACUCAACUUCGUAGAUGUUUUCGUGGAAGAUUUCAAGUUGUUGUCGAAGUAUCAAAAAUCAUAUUUGACGAAUUGUGAUGUGAGAUGUUCGCCCAAAACUCUCGAAAUUUUCGCGAAGACUUGUGAAGGGAAGAUGGUUUUUGAACCGAUGAUUUCAUACGAACGAGAACUUGAUUUCCCUAAAGACCCUAUUAGACUUCGGAAAGUGAAUCAUGGGAUACGAGAGUGUAUUGCUUUCAUAAAACCUAUUCCCCACAUAGAAACAUAUUCAGUUUCUUUUUAUCGGCGUUCUGGUAUUGAUCUUCUUCGCACCUAUAGUGAGUUAGAAAAUGGCGAAUUCAAAGAUGUCAAAUAUUUUACGGACAACAAUGAAGUGCGCAUUUCUUACGGAAAUUCAUUACCUGGAACAGACUGCAAAGGCAUGUGUCUUAAUGAUAUCGAAAAGACCCUCAGCUAUCAAGUGAGGUGCACAAAGGAACUAAACAUAUGUUACGAGUGUAUUUUCAAAAGAAAAACCGGAAACAUAAAUGAAUACAUAGAAGAAAUCUUAGAACAACUCAGAGAAGAGAAAUCAGGUGAAUUGGAUACUGCAGAUUUAUCCAGUAGAAUUGGAGACAUUUUGAUAAGGAGAGAAAGUCCGCUAAAAACAAGAAAAUUCACAAUGGGGCCUGAAGGUCAGUUGAAAGUGAUGGAAAUUAUUCUGGCUAUUGAUCCCCGUUCCUUGAAGAUUAUUGAAUUGUUGUACCCGUGCAAUCAGGAUUCAAUAGAGAACAAAAGCGUUGAAGAAUUGCCGUUUCCAGUUGAUAAACUAUCCGAAACACUUCAGUGGCAGAAUGCGGAACAAUUGGUUUCCAAUUAUUUGACAAUAACAACACCGAUUCAAGAGAUUAACGUUUUUCAUGUUGCUAAUUUGGAGAUUCUAGUGAAAACAUUAUCCUCUGAAGAUGUGGAUUACCUGAGAACUAAUCUUCUUAAAUCUUCGAAGUUUCAAAAGUUUAAAAUAUCAUUCCGUGAGGAAACGAUCGACGAAUCGUUGUACACGCUAAUUGGACAACCCUAUCGUACUGUUUGUGAUUUAAAAAAAAAUUGGUACUUUCCAUUUGAAAAUACCAAUAAUUACAUUCACAUUGUGUUGAAUACACAUGUCGAAUCUCGAAAAGGAAACUGGAUUACUCACGUACGAGUUCCAAUAGAAGACACUCCAUUUUUUUGA